CCAGAUGAUUUGUAAAAAUAUUUCUCCUGACUUGAAAUGGAUGAUUCAGAUAUUUCUCCAAACUUGUACAGAUAUUUCCAGAUUAUUAGUAAAGAUAAAACAAAAGCAAAAGCAAAAGGAAGUUAUUCAGACUUAACAGCUGAAAUAAGCAUAGUUUACCCAUGGAUAUCCAACGGAAAGAGGUCGCCCGGCAUCAUGAAAAAAACGGUGGACGUAAAGAGGCGGUGAAAUUGAACCCUUCAGAGCCUGCAGCGCACCCAUAUCGCAUACAAAUUCAAAACGCAAAAUUCUCAGUGCCAAACCGAUUUAAUAGCACAAGAACUGGAGGGCUGAGGAGGGGCGUCGACGUCGCCGGUGACACCGGGCCAAUCGUGGCAGAGACAGUGUUGACCUUCGGGUAUGCGCUUGUAAACGGAAGGAACAUGCCUUCCGCAGCCGCCCCAGCUGCUCUUUCCGCAGGUGGAGCACUUCACUUCGUAGAACAUCGUGUUGAAUUCGAGUUCCAGCCUGAGGAAGGAACCAGAUUUGGCUGUGAGUGUGCAAUCUCAACUCCUGGAAGGGAUGAAUCUAGUCUAGUAUUAUUUAUAAAGCCUCAAAAGAUAUCGAGGAGUUCCGGUGAACAACGGUUCCUACCACCGUUCAUCCGACAGCGUUCCCAAUGUCGGAAAGUCUAGAAAUUAUCUAAGGGAAAGAUCCCCUCGACUGACUUCCAUUUUGUAGGAAUGAAUUUCUCUGUUCAAUUCGUUACUCCUGGUAUUUUCUCCAAAUUUGACAAAAGCAAGACUCUUUUUUGUUCUUAUUAUUAUUAAUAAUUUUUUUUU